GUGGUGGCUUCUUUCAUGGCUCAGUUCCUGGCCUUUGGAUCACCCCAGUCUGUGGGUGUUCUGUACCCUGAGUGGCUCAGCACCUUUCAGGAAGGCAAAGGCAUGACUGCAUGGGUCGGAUCCAUGGUGUCAGGGAUGGCUCUUAUUGCCAGUCCAGUAUGCAGUGCUUGUGUGGAAAACUUUGGAGCACGCCCUGUCACCAUCUUCAGUGGGGUAAUGGUAGCUGGAGGACUGAUGCUGAGUGCCUUUGCCCCGAGUGUCUCUUUUCUUAUCUUCUCCUAUGGCAUCGUUGUGGGCAUUGGCUGUGGUCUUGUCUAUGCUGCAACGCUGACCAUCACUUGCCAGUACUUUGACAAGAGACGUGGCCUUGCCCUCGGCAUUGUGACCACAGGCACAAGUGUCGGAGGAUUCCUAUACGCUACAGUGCAGAAUGAGCUGGUCGAGCUGUUUGGCUUGGAAGGCUGCCUUCUCAUCAUUGGUGCUUUAGCCCUCAAUUUGAUGGCAUGUGCUGGUCCCAUGAGACCCUUAAACCUCCCUGGUUACUACCUCAAACAAAAAGCCGCUCUCAAGCACACAAAAGAACCUCUUUAUGAGAAACCAACUGCCAUUGUCAUUGGCUCCGAUGACCUCAAAACAGCUCCUGGCACUGUGGACAAGAACAUAGACACUGAGAAACACCUUAUCGCGAAGGAAACAAAAGAACUCCAGGACUUUGUCGCUGGGAUGGAAGAUGAGAAGCCACAGAGUGGCCUUCUGUCAUGCCGGACCAUCACACGGUUCAUCAAGAAAAAGUUGCAGCCUUACUGCCAGUACAUGCAUGUGACAAUUGAAUUCUUACACGACCGAGCUUUCACGGCAUUCUGCAUUGCCAUAUUCCUCUUCAGCCUGGGGGCCUUCCCUCCUGUUCUCUUUAUGGAGGACGUUGCACAGAGUCAAGGCCUCAUUGAUGACAUCAGCGUCAUCCCACUGGUCUCCAUUGUAGCUAUGACAACAGGAAUGGGAAAGCUGGUACUAGGCAUGAUGGCAGACUUACCCUGGAUGAACAGUCUUUACCUUUAUGCCUUCACUCUGAUAGGAUCAGGGGUGGCACUGAUGCUCAUCCCUGUCACCAAGAGCUAUUUGGGACUGCAGAUCCUUUCAGCUGUGGUGGGCUUCUUCUCAGGCAAUUGGUCUCUCACUUCUUACAUCACCACCAAGAUUGUAGGCAUUGACCAGCUCAGUCAAGCCCAUGGUAUCCUUAUGUGUUUUGGAGGGGUUGGAAUCAUGCUUGGGCCUCCUGUUGUAGGCUGGUUUUUUGAUUGGACUCAGUCAUACAACCUGGCAUUCUAUUUUAGUGGUACCUGUGUCUGCGUGGGUGGAUUGUUCCUCUUCUUUGCUGCUCUGCCCUGCUGGAACCGUUGCAAAGCUGAAAAUGACCAACCUGAGUGUAAUUGCUGUGAUGAACCUGAUGUUGAGAAGUCUUUUGAGUGUGACAAAAUGGCCUCUGUAGCAUAA